AUGGGACUAUCGGAUACCGCCGCCUGGCAUAUCACUCUCGCAAAUGCCGCCUCCUAUCGUACUGCUAGUCAGCUACCACCGGGCUCUACAGCGGAAUAUAGCUGCAGCGUCGAGGCUAUGAAGUGGUAUACGCUGUCGCUUGCCUCCAUUACCAAGAGGCUUGCGGAUCCUAACGAAAAAGACAAAGAGGGGCUUAUAAUUGCUAUUACUGGAUUUAUAUGCCACGACGCCACAAUAGGUAACUUCGACCGCUUUCGUAUUCACAUGGAAGGCCUGCAGCGCAUCAUCAAUAAGAAAGGUGGUUUGGACACUCUAAGCAGUCCCUUCUUGCGAUUUAUGAUAUCCUGGCUCGAUCUAAUCGGAGCGACAUACUGCAACAUCAAGCCUCGCUUCAGCCUCCCCCAAGGCUCCAUCCGCGAAAUCGACACGGGCAACGACUCCCAAUACCUGGACCAGCUGCUCGACUCCUGGGACGCGGACUGCCCCGCCCUAGGCGACAUCAUGAGCGCCAUGAAGGCCACCGCCGCCGUUGCCAGCUACAUCAACCGACGGCCCGCAAGCGACGAGUUCUGGACCGACGACGUGACCAUCGCGCGGCUGCUGGGCCCCGCCUUCCACGAGAUCCUGUCGCUGGAAGGCCGCGCCCUGCCCGCCGACACCGCCGACCCGACGUACUCGGCGACCGCGGCGCGCGAGGCCUUCCGGCGCGCCGCGCUAGUAUUACUCGCCGCGGUCAAGGUGAGGAUGGGCGCGGGCGCCUUCGAAAUGGCCAGACAUCUCGACGCGUUCACGCAGAUAUCGCAGCUGCCGCUCGUGGACUGGGGCGUGGUGCCCGAGCUGAAUCUCUGGGCCCAUAUCACCAGCGCGAUGCAGGAGGAGAGUCCGAGUCGGGCCUGGCAUGUCUUGACGAUCGUGGGCAUUAUGGAGGCGAUGGGCUUGCGGACGGGUGGCCAGGCUGUUGAUGUUGCGCGGGGGAUCAUCUGGGUGGAUGCGGUUGAUGCGGGGAAGUCGGAUUUGCUGUGUCGUGAGAUCGAUGGGUAUUUGGAAGCUAGUAUGUUGCGAGGGCUGGGGGAUGUUGUGCCUUUGGGUUUCUAG